CUCUCAGGUUUGUACUUGCAUACGUUGUUAUUCGUGAACGUCUUCUCAGAGUCGAGGCACGUCAAAUGGUUCAUCAUCUUUGGAUGGACUUUCCCCUUGUUGAUUGUCGUUCCUUGGAUGCUGUCUAUGAUGGCUGAUACGAAUAUCAAAUGCUGGUUUUAUAACGACAACUAUUGGAUCAUCAAAAUACCUUGGCUUGUGACCGUGCUGUUGAACUUUUUCUUCUUCGUCAAAAUCCUUCGUUUUCUGUCCAGUAAACUUCAGACCAGUAACUUGAUGGAAGCUCGAAAAUACAGGCGAGUACUGACCAGGUCAACUCUCGUCCUAAUCCCACUCUUUGGCAUCCCGUAUUUGAUGUUUGCCUGGAUCCCAGAUGGGAAGAACGUCUCGCUGGAUGUGGCGGCACUGUACUACGACAUGGCGUUUACGUCAUUCAACGGUUUAUUCGUUUCACUGCUGUACUGCUUCUUCAACCGAGAGGUA